UCAACACACUUGUUCUCUUUUGUUGUUUUGGUGUUCUUCCUUAGACUUCCCAAGUAUUUUCGAUGAACCCCAACUGAAAUUAUAAGUGGUAAGCUAAAUCAAUUAAUGUGUAAAUAUUUAAUUAUCAAACUCAUUAAAUUCCUCCAAAAUUUACUCCAAAGCUAUACACAAACUUAGGCCAACAAAUUUCAAAAAAUAUAUAUAAGAAGCAUAAGCUUAUUGAAGAAGCUUAAAGUACACAACAAAUUUUCAAUUUAGCCAAGAAGCUUGUUCAAUAAGCUUAAGCCAUGUCCAUGCAACGUUUCUCCCGCAAAAUUCUUCAACCAACAUGUGAAGUUUUCAUAAACCACAAAGGAAUUGACACAAAAAGAAACAUAGCUGGUUUGUUGCACAAAGAUUUAACAAGUAUUGGAAUUAAAUCAUUUUUGGACAGCAAGAACAUGAAACCGGGUGACAAACUCCCCGAUCACAUCGACAAAGCAAUUCAUGGUUGCAAGGUUGGUGUUACCAUCUUCUCUCCCCGUUAUUUCGACUCUUAUUACUGUCUCCAUGAACUUGCUCUAAUCAUGGAGACAAAGAAAAGAGUCAUUCCUAUAUUCUUCGACGUUACACCAUCGCAACUUAUGGUCAAGGUCGACGGAACUUGCUCUCAAAAACAGCUUAGAAGGUUCAAAUUAGCAAUUGAAGAAGCCAAGAAUACUGUGGGCUUAACCUUUGAUUCUGUCAACGGGGAUUGGUCAGAACUACUAAAUGAUGCCACAGAAGCAGUGAUCAUGAACUUGAUGGAAGCUGAAAAUGAGCAAUAAGAAACGGUGGAUGCUAAUUCAAUGUUGCAUCAAUUAGAUUGGAUAUAUUAUUAACAAUAUAAUAUAUACAUGUGUUUAUUAUAGUUUUUGCAUAUGAAAUAACCAUAUGCUUUCCGUUGACAUCAUUCAAUUAUUUUGCCUGGAUGAAUUAAUUAAUUGAUUCAAAUUCUUUUGUUCUUUCUAUCAAAUCAAUUCUAUUGUAUUAAUAUUAUUAUUACUAUACUAUAGAAAUUGGAUUUAACCAAUUUAGGCUCAUCUUUUGUAUCUGAUCCCAUAAUUUGGGAUUUAUUGUUUGAUAUUAUUUCAGAAUAAAAGU